UCAAAUGACAUUUUCAUUCACGCAGGUUUUGUCGCUGAUUGCCAAGAGAAGCGUUAUGGAUUGAAAGGAAGCUCAAUCCAACUGAGCAUCAGUCCCAUAAAUCAGUCACAUUUGCAAGAACCUGUAUGGCGACGAUUCAACAGGCAAGAGUUGCUUGCAAACUCAAAGGGAGUUCCCGCUAAAUAUAGGAAACGAAUGAGCUUAAACGUCUCCGACUGGUCUUUGACCAUACACGACCUUCAGGAAAAUGACAGCGGACAAUAUGAGGCCCUUUCGAACUUCGAGGAAGAUAUUCUGACUGCAUUCACACUUACAGUGGAGAAUACUAUCUCUCAGCCUGUAAUUAAAGUGAGUCAAUAUAACUUGAAUUCAUCUGCGUGUCAGGCCACAGUAAACUGUUCGGUUGAUGGCAGCUGGGCCAUGUUUGAAUGUGACCAAAGUCUCUGUGCAAAGACAGAAGACAAUUUAUCCUCCAUUAAAAUCACUAUUGCAAUGAACAACGGAGGCAUCCAGUGCCACGUCAACAACCACGUGAGCAAGAAUCAUUCUCAGGCUCCCAAAGUUACGUGUAAGCAUACAUUUUAUUUAAUACUGGUCCUGUGUCAUGUUUCACACUCUGUCACAUCUGUGAAUAUGUGGUCAUGA